AGGCAGCGUGUGAACGGGACUUUUAUUUUGAUCUGUCGCUGACAUCACAUGGCUGGACCGCUCUCCUCUGGCUCAACAAAGGAACAAGAAACUGAGAACAUCUUAAAUCCAUGUGACACUAUUAUCAAGAUGGCAUUUAUUAAAGAGGAGAUUGAAGACGUGAGCAUUUCAGAAACAUUCGUGAAAAAUGAAGAUGCAGAGGAUGACACAGACCUGGUGGUGAUGAAAGUGGAAAGUCAAGAACUGUAUGAAAUGGAGGAGGAAGAUCCAUACGAUAAACAUCACGGAGAAAAAAUGUGCUCGCAGACUGAAAAGGAGCCCUCUCAAAAAAAAUCUCGAAAGAAAAGUUUUAAAAACUGUUACAUCUGCCCUCAAUGUGGCAGGAAUUUCACUUAUGAGAAAAGCCUUAAAAAACAUGAGUUAAUGCACAAUGUACAGUGCCCUUUCACCUGCCAACAGUGUGGGAACAUUUUCACUACGAACGGAAGCCUUAAAAACCACAUGAGAAUUCACACCGGAGAGAAGCCUUUCACAUGUAAUCAGUGUGGAAAGAGUUACACUCGAAGCAAGACCUUAAAGGAUCACAUAAGGAUUCACACCGGAGAAAGGCCUUUUAAGUGUGAUCAGUGUGGAAAGAGUUACAUACGAAGCAAAACCUUAAAGGAUCACAUGAGGAUUCACACUGGAGAAAGACCUUUCAAAUGCGAUCAGUGUGGAAAGAGUUUCAUACAUAAAGUAACCCUUAAUUUACACAAGAGAAUUCACUUAAGAGAGAGCCAUUUUAUUUGCCAUCAGUGUGGAAAAAGUUUCAAAGACAUAGAACGCCUUAACAGGCAUGUGAUAAUUCACUCUGGAGAGAAGCCCUUCAAGUGCCAGCAAUGUGGAAAGGGGUUCCAAAUCAAAAACAACCUAAAGGCACAUAUGAGAUGUCACAUCGAGGAAAAGCCUUUCAAGUGCCAUCAAUGUGGAAAGUGUCUAAAACACGAAACAUCCCUUAAUUACCACAUGAGACUUCACACUGGAGAAAGGCCUUUCACCUGCCUUCAGUGUGGAAAGAGUUUCAUUCUUGAAGGACAACUUAGUCGCCACAUAAGAUACAUUCACACCGAGGAGAAGCCUUUCGUGUGCCAUUACUGUGGAAGGAUUUGUGAAAGCAAAUCAAACCUUAAGAUUCACAUUCAAGUUCACACUGGAGAAAAGCCUUUCUCUUGCCCUCAGUGUGGAAAGAGUUUCAUACAUAAAGGUCUCCUUAAUUAUCACAUGAGGCUUCACACUGGAGAAAAGCCCUUCAGCUGCCAUCAGUGUGGAAUGAGUUUCAGAUAUAAAGGACUUCUUAAUGGUCACGUGAGAAGUGUUCACACCAAUGAGAAGCCUUUUACGUGCCAUCACUGUGGAAGGAUUUGCGAAAGCAAAUCUAAACUUCAGAUUCACAUGCGAAUUCACACUGGAGAAAAGCCGUUCUCCUGUCCUUGUGGUAAAAGUUUCGCACUUAAAGGAAACCUUACGGCUCACAUGAGGCUUCACACUGGAGACCGGCCUUACAUGUGUGUUCAGUGUGAGAAGAGUUUCGCCUAUCUAAGACAGCUGAAAAGUCAUUUGCAAACUCAUUUUGGAGAGAAAUCCCAGUGUUCUGAAUGUGGCAAGAAGUUUGCAAAAACCAGCAAUUUCAAAAAUCAUCUGCGCAUUCACUCGAGACUAAGGCCGUUUAAUUGUGAUCAAUGUAAUAAAAAAUUUAUUUUGCCAUCACACUUAGAGAUACACCUGAAAAGUCACGCAGACAAGAGACCCUAUUUGUGUUCUUUGUGUAAAAAGAGAUUUAAAUGGCUGUGCAAUUUAAGAUCGCACAAGAGAUUUCAUGUCCGUAAACCUAUUUCCAAAGCAACCUACUUGAAACGAAAGCAACAAAUCCAUACUGAAGAAAAACCUGACACUGUAAAAAGUGGUGGUCACGGGAUGGCGCCUUAAUUGUGUUAAAGUUACAGCUCCUGAUCAGUUUUAAGUCAUGUUUUGGAGCUACAAAGUGUCAUGGCUGGACAUUUCUGAUACUGUUGUGGGGUUAUGCAUGGGCAAAACAUUAAUCCACUUGAAAACAUAGACCUUUUAUAUAAGCAUAAUCAAUCCUACAUCUAACUCGUAAAUGUAUUUCAGUAGCAUUUUGCAACCAAUAUCUUUCCAACUUUCUAGUGAGAUGGAUAUAUUAAAAUCUCACAUUUGACUUUAGUUUAGUCUGCAUCAGUUUAGCAACUAGUAAACCAGUUUUUCUUUAACAGUGGGUAGGGGGCUGUGUGGAGUAGCGUACCAAUUUAGUGAAAGUGUAAAUCCUUUCGUUUAAAUGUGCUCGUAUGAAUAGCCUGUAAACCAUUCUGUUGUGUUUGUUUUGUGUUUGUUGACUUGACAUGGCUUCAUUUUCCUCUCUCGAAUUCCUAACAUUUCAAGUCAACAUUCAAACACAUGGAUUAAUAGCCUGUCAGUCAACAUUACAGUGCCACCCUCAGGCUGAAUUACACAAGGACAAUAGACCUCUUCCAAAAGUGUGUCUGCAUGUGUUCAGUGAUUAACGUAAUAAAUAAUAACGCAUUAACGUAAAAAC